GAGCGGCGGGUCCGGGGCCGCGGGCCCGGCCACGUGGGGGGGCAGGGAGGCAGGUCCCACAGACCAUGGCGGGACGCGGAGGGGGCCGGGGCCGGGGCCGGGGUCAACUCACCUUCAACGUGGAGGCCGUGGGCAUCGGGAAGGGGGAUGCCCUCCCGCCGUCGGCCAUGCAGCCCACCCCGCUCUAUCCCCCCCUGGAGCUGCGUCCGGUGCCCCUGACGCCCGGCGAGGAGGGCGAGUACGUCCUGGCGCUGAAGCAGGAGCUGCGGGGGGCCAUGCGCCAGCUCCCCUACUUCGUCCGCCCGGCCGCCCCCAAGACAGAUGUGGAGCGCUACUCCGACAAGUACCAGAUGUCAGGACCGACGGACAACGCCAUCGACUGGAGUCCCGAUUGGCGACGCCUGCCUCGGGAGCUGAAGAUCCGGGUGCGAAAGCUGCAGAAGGAGCGAAGAGCCCACCUGGUCCCCAAGAGGCCCCCCAAGACCCCGGCGGAGAAGGUGGAGAAGGAGGAAACGAUCCAGAAACUGGAGACUUUGGAGAAGAAGGAGGAGGAGGUAUCGUCAGAGGAAGAAGAGAAAGAGGAAGAGGAGAAGGAAGAGGAAGAAGAGGAGGAGUACGACGAAGAGGAGCACGAGGAGGAGACAGAUUACAUCAUGUCGUACUUCGACAACGGCGAGGAUUUCGGGGGCGACAGCGAUGACAACAUGGAUGAGGCGAUCUACUGAGGGGCCGUCCGGGGCCGGGGAGCCCCCCGCGCCACCCCGACCCCGCGCGCGCCCACCCGCUGCCCGUCCCGGCCGGACGCUGCGGGGCACGGAGCCCGGAGCCCCUCCCCGCCCGCGGGACGGAGGGAAAGGCCGGAGGCGGGGAAGGAUUUUAAAACACUUUUGUACCCCGAGGACGCUAAAAGCGGAUUUUAAAAGAAGACGACGGACCUCUCUCUGCCCCCCGCGGGUUCGGGGGAAGGGGGAGUCCCGGAGGGGUGGGGGCAGGUUGGUUUGGAAAUAAAAACAAUGGCCCAUU